GGGGAAGCGCCUUCGAAAUCGUGCACCAUUUCACUGUGGACAAUAUAUCCUCUUGCGGAUAUGGGAGACAUGGGAGACCCGCCGAAAAAAAAACGCCUGAUUUCCCUCUGCGUCGGUUGCGGCAAUCAGAUCCACGACCAGUAUAUUCUACGAGUCUCUCCGGAUCUGGAAUGGCACGCGGCGUGUUUGAAGUGCGCGGAAUGUAAUCAGUAUUUGGACGAGACUUGUACGUGCUUUGUUAGGGACGGGAAAACCUACUGUAAAAGGGACUAUAUCAGGCUCUACGGCAUCAAGUGCGCCAAGUGCAACAUCGGCUUCAGUAAGAACGACUUCGUGAUGCGGGCCCGCUCCAAGGUGUACCACAUCGAGUGUUUCCGCUGCGUGGCCUGCAGCCGGCAGCUCAUCCCGGGGGACGAGUUCGCGCUGCGGGAGGACGGCCUCUUCUGCCGGGCGGACCACGACGUGGUGGAAAGGGCCAGCCUCGGCGCCGGGGACCCCCUCAGCCCGCUGCACCCCGCCCGGCCGCUGCAGAUGGCAGCAGAGCCUAUCUCCGCCAGGCAACCGGCUCUGCGGCCGCACGUCCAUAAGCAGCCGGAGAAGACCACCCGCGUCCGCACCGUCCUCAACGAGAAGCAGCUGCACACCUUGCGCACCUGCUACGCCGCCAACCCGCGGCCCGACGCCCUCAUGAAGGAGCAGCUGGUGGAGAUGACCGGCCUCAGCCCCAGGGUCAUCCGCGUGUGGUUCCAGAACAAGCGCUGCAAGGACAAGAAGCGCAGCAUCAUGAUGAAGCAGCUGCAGCAGCAGCAGCCCAACGACAAGACCAAUAUCCAGGGGAUGACCGGCACUCCCAUGGUGGCGGCCAGUCCGGAGAGGCACGACGGGGGCUUGCAGGCGAACCCGGUGGAGGUGCAGAGUUACCAGCCGCCUUGGAAAGUCCUCAGCGACUUCGCCUUGCAGAGUGACAUCGAUCAACCGGCGUUUCAGCAACUCGUUAAUUUUUCCGAAGGAGGCCCAGGCUCCAAUUCCACCGGAAGUGAGGUAGCAUCCAUGUCUUCUCAGCUCCCAGAUACACCCAACAGCAUGGUAGCCAGUCCUAUCGAGGCAUGAGGAACGUUCCUGGAGAUGUUGUGGUCCUUGAAUCUUUUUGCCCCCUGCUGGAGAGAGUGGGAACACUACCAGGUUUGGGGACUCGAGAGAAAACGUUUAGAAAAAAGGAAGAAUGAAAAAAAAAUAUUUAACACAACUUUGUUCAUGAACUUAAGCAAAGAAAGCUCCACGAACUGCCUGGGGAGUCUUUUUGUUUUGUUUGUUUUUUUCCUUUUGCAAUGAUAAGGUAGCAACACUGUGAAGACAAUCAUGGGAUCUUACUAGAAUAAUACUCAUAAAGAGCAAAGGGAAAUGCUUUUUUUAAAAAAUAGGAAAAAAUACCCACGCAAAAGGAUCAGAGGAGGGUCGAAGAAAAGAAAAAGACGUCUGAGAAACGUGAAGGGAUCCGCCCCUGAAGAUCUACAAUCUUUCCCAAGAUGGCAUCCUUCAGUGACUGCACCUCCUCGAGAGAAAGGCUCGCCUCCCUCUAACCCUCUUGGUGCUCUUUGUCAACCGGCCUUUCCCUUGCCAAAAACAAAAAUAUAUCUAACAAAAAACAACAAAAACCUUUGGAAAGGUGUUCUUAUAGGUUGCUUCCCCCGAGAUCAAGAAAGGACCGCCUGUAGCACCUCCAGCCAGACCGAGCCACUGAAGAAAGGAGGAGCUACGAGUGGUUUGCAAAUUUAUUUGUUUUUAAAUCCCAGUUGACUUUAACUAGGGGGUUGCGGUCUCCGAUAGCAUGUACUGUAGCUUCUCCCCCUCGCCUCCUCCCUUUGGGGGAUAGGUUGGUGGAGAUCCAUCCUCUCUCCUGAAGCCUCCAGUGACAUUCGAGUUUGUUUUUAAAAGGAGGGAGUCCUGGGGGGAGGGUCGUUGAAAUCCCAGUUGAAAGCUUCAUUUACAACAAGGUAUACCUCUUUUUGGGCCACAUUCACCAAUUGCGUCUCUCGGGGCUGUGUUUUUGACUCGCGUAUGUUCAAUAACAUUCCCCCUCGCUCCCCCCCCCAAAGAUGUGUAUAAUUCUUCUCCUUUUUUUUUUUAAAAAAAAGAAAAUGGACUGUUUUUCUCUCUCUUUCUCACUCUGUGGAACUGACGAGCGGGGAAAAAAUCCUUUUGUUUGCUCUCUCGCAUUGCAAAAAUUAUAAAAUAAUUUAUUAUUUAUUA